GGUAUUUCGCCUCGGUGUCAAGUCAGCCACGACCCCUACAGAUUACUGGAGCUGACAGGUGUCGGCUUACUACGACAUUCAAACAGCAACCAAUGCGGCAAACAUGGCUCUUGUUGGCUAUAAAGAUCAAUCUUGGCCAUUGGAAUGGCAAGAUGCCUCUUGGCAUCGCAUCUGCCGUCCUUGAUGUCGAUAUCCAAGAAACUCGUACAACCACCAAGAAAACGACAAGUCACAUCGGGGGACAAGGCAGAGAAGUUGAAACAAAAGAGUGAGCAAGUGAAAACAUCACAAUGUCGCAGUUCAGCGGCCCCAUCAACACACGCGCCAUCGCAGCCGUGCUGGCGCUGCUGCCCGCCGUCGCCCUGGCAGUCCCAACCUCGACCACCUCGACCACCUCCUCCGCCAGCACCUCGACCUCGGACACAACCACGACCGGCACGCCCGCCUACUGCACCACGGCGCCGCCCCGCCCCGAGUUCAACUUCCCCGUCGGCACGACCCGGCCGGUGCCGCCGCUCCCGUGCCCGGGCGCCUACGACGCCGAGCGCGGCCUGUGCUGCAGGUCGUCGACGGACCCGGACUGCUCCGGCGCGGGCGUCGAGUGGCGGCUGCCGCUGGAGGCGUGCGUCACGUCCAACCCGCUGUACCGCGGCUGCCCGGGCAACAUGCUCAACAACGUGUGCUGCGGCGGCGCCCGCGUCGGCCUCGUCGACGGCACCGUCAGCUGCGAGGGCGGGAGGAGCCUGUUCACCGUCAUGAUGAGCGGUAACAGCACCAGCACCAGCUCGUACGGGUCUGGGACUGCGGGUGGCAGUCAGGCUACUACUACUACCAGCUCGUCUUCGUCGUCGUCUUCGUCGUCGUCUUCGUCUUCGUCUUCGUCUUCGUCGUCGUCGUCGUCGUCGAGUACUUCGAGCUCCAGCACGACCACGACGUCCUCCUCGUCCUCGUCGGGCACGACGGGCAUUGCUGCUGCGGCUACCACCAGCAAGAAGGCCGCCGCCCCCGCGGGCGUGGCCGUCUCUGCUGCUGCGGCGCUGGGUGCCAUUGGUGUCUUUUUUGCUUUUAUGUGAGGCUCGAAGCCUUGAGGCUUUUAGGCUCUUGGUGGGAAUGACUGCAUUUCUUCUAGCAUGGCGUUUUUGGCUUGGUUUUGGCGUGCAUGGUUUGACCUAUUGGAUAGAUGCAUUAUCAAAUUCAUUAUAUACAUGGCCGCCAGGCUACGGCGGACGAACC